AUGAAAAAUUACGAGCACUUUCCAUUUUCCAAGAUAACAACAGGAAGAGUUGCGGAGCUUGUAAGUAAUUCUGCCAUGAGCAUGGCUGGGCGCAAGCGCAAAGUGAUGGCCUGGAUGGCCAACUUACCAUGGAAGAAGAGGAGAGUCAGUACUGAUUCAUACAACAAGGAAAAUGAGGACCAGACAUGCGCAGAUGGUUACCAUGACGUCGCAUUGCCGGCAGAUGCAUCAAAUGGCCAUCUAAGUGUCAGGACAUGUGCCGGAGGCACAGAAUUCUGCACACCCCAACAAGUCAGACAUGCUCUAGAUCAUUGGUUUGGAGACUUCGAAGUAGAACAGGAUACUCACCAUGUUGCACCUUUCUUUGGUUUCAAUGAUAUUUCAAGAGACGAGGAUGACAUGAUUGCCAUCCAAGGUAUUUGUUGGCAUGAGACUGAAGGCCCGCAGCCUCUGCAUGGGAUUAUUGAACAGAUGGAAAACGAGAGGGAUGUGCAUAUUUCACCCACUGCAAGUCCAUCCAAGCCGUUCUCACCCUCUGCUUCUGUUGAUCUUGAUGGUAGACAAAAUGAGAUGGAUGACGAGACUGAUGACGAGUAUGGUGGAAAUAAGGAGGGCGAGAAUUCAGAUGUUUGA